CAAAGUCUAAACCCACCCCUCCACUCGUGCCACUCACCCACUACCGGAUUCGUGCCUCGGGUGGCAGCCCUGUCAGUCCUUUCCGUCGGUAUCUCCAUCGAGAUGGGAAAUUGUUGAAAAAAGUCGCUCAGACAAAAAGACAUGUCUGGCUCAGGUUCUCCCUCCGAACCUCCUCCGCCCAUCAUAUCCCAGACAAUGGACUCACCCAUGGUCCCAGAUUCAGCCUCGAGUGGCUCGUCCAAAGACAUCGACAGUUACGACACUCGUUCAUUAACCGACAGCAUAACCGACUAUCCAAUGUACUGGGGUCGACGGUACCACCGCUACAAACAAGACAGCUAUCUGUUUCCUAACGACGAAAGCGAGACGUCUCGUCUCGAUGCUCAGCACGAAAUCCUCAACAGGCUGCAUGCCCGUUUAUACUUUUCCCCUUUAGAUCCAGACAUUGUCCGAACAGUCCUCGACCUGGGCACCGGCACCGGCACAUGGCCCAUUGAACUCGCCGACUCCAAUACUCUUCCAAAUGCCACCAUCACCGGCACCGACCUGUCGGCGGUCCAACCACUAGACGUCCCCAGUAACGUCCACUUUGAAAUCCAAGACUGUGCCGAGGACGACUGGGUCCGACCGCUCGGCAGCGUCGACUACUGCCACGUCCGCUUCCUCGCUGGCUCGCUGAUCUCGUACAAGGACAUGAUCCAGACGGCUCGGCAAUAUCUCCAGCCCGGAACAGGAUGGUUGGAAUGUCAGGAACUCCACCCAUCACCUGUAUCAGACGACGACACCAUCCCCGAAAACUGGCCGCUCAAGACAUGGGAUGAGAACCUCGAGUACGCAUCCAACGAGUGUCUCGAUCCGCCGCGCCCGGUACGUAUCGCGCCGGAAAUCAAGACCUGGAUGGAAGAGGCCGGAUACGUGGAUAUUCACGAGCAUAUCUGCAAAAUCCCUCUCGGUCCCUGGCCCAGGGAUAAACGACUAAAAAUGAUCGGUGGGUGGUGGAUGAACAAUUGGAUCUCCGGCUUGCCUGGAUUCACGUAUAAACUGUUCGGUCCCUACGGGUUGCAGUGGACCCGAGAGGAGAUCGAGGUCAUGCUGGCUGAAGUCCGCAAAGCCGCGACCAUGAAGGAAGUCCAUUCGUAUCAAAAGUAUUAUGUGAUUUAUGGACGAAGGCCGUCUAAAGAAGAAGAGAACGAGGAUCAGAGGUCAUGGCAUGGACACGGGUGAGACGACGGCUCUUGUUUGAUGUAUUCAACACGAAUGAUACGACAUAACGAGCCUUUGCAGGCGGCCUUUGAGGGGCACCGCACGCUACUUCUACGUUUGUGGUGGUAAAGAACGAGCGCGGAGGGCUCGCCCACAGGUAGUGGCUCCGGUCUACGGAGCCGCAGAACAUCCUGCGCAACGCUAACCAGGGUCCUUGGGAGGCCACUUUGAGCUUCUACAACAUGAAGUGCGACGCUCAGAAGUGAGACCAACCACCAUCGACCGCACGAAUACGCCAAUGAAGAACAGAGCACCUCGGACGGACGGUGGACG